UCAGAGACACCUCAAUUGGGCCACUCGCAUCAAAGGAACAGGGCUUGCAGCUUCAGCGUCUCCUUCUCUUCUUUGUACACUUUCGACUAACUGUCAACAAAUAUCAACAAAUAUUGCUUUUCACCACGCUGGAACAGCUACCUCUGUGCUCUCGAUAUGGCAGCUCGAAAGUUGCAAUGUGCGUCACUGUCAUGGUCAGUACCCUUGCGUUGCGCUGACACGCUACAUGCAAUUCCAUAGCGGAAAUAGACCGUACCCUAAAACGGGUAGCGGAAGGUGUCGAACUAUUCGAAGGUGUAUACGAGAAGAUGCAAGCAUCAACAAGUCAAACACAGAAAGAGAAGCUCGAAGGUGAACUCAAGCAGCACAUCAAGAAGCUCCAGCGUCUACGAGAUCAGAUCAAGACAUGGUUAGCGAGCAAUGAGAUCAAGGACAAGUCAGCAUUACUCGAAAACCGAAAGCUCAUAGAAACACAAAUGGAGCGGUUCAAAGCCUGCGAGAAGGAGAUGAAGACGAAAGCAUUCUCAAAGGAAGGCCUCAGUGCAGCACAGAAGCUCGAUCCAAGAGAAAAGGAGAAGUUGGAGGCAUCACAAUGGCUAUCAGCGAUGGUCGAGGACCUGCAACGACAGAUCGAGCAAACAGAGGCAGAGAUUGAGGCACUAUCAGGCGGGGCGAAAAAGAAGAAAACCGGGGGGGAUGAUAGGCAAAAGGAGCUGGAUGACCUGAAUACGCGGAGACAAUGGCAUCUCGGGCGCAUGGAGAUCGUACUGCGAUUACUGGAGAAUGGCACAUUACCAGCAGAUAAGGUCCAAGCACUCAAAGAGGAUAUAUCAUACUUCGUGCAAAGCAAUACGGAGGAGGACUUUGAAGAGGAUGAUGGUAUUUAUGACGACCUUAAUCUGCAUGAGGAGGAGGAGAAGCUUGGUAUGGGACAAGAUGAUCUCCAAAGCAGUCAUGAUACGGAGUCAAUGGCAGAGGAACCUACAGCGGCACAGCGAACACCCAUACGGGACAAUGGGAUGCCCCGCAAGUCAACCGUCGACGAAGAGUCUUCUACAGGCAGCAAUAAGAAGGAGGAGUCGAGUCCGACAGCAAAGAAGAGCAUAUUGCUGCGUCGUAUGACUUUGGAGAAAUCAGAAGCUCCCAAGUUACCUCCAGCGCCAAAUUUUACCGCCCAACCCAUGUCUGCAGCCGUAAAAUCUGGGGUGCCGAUAGCAACAGCGCCAAAACCUGCGAUACCGCCACUACCACCGAUACGAUAUUCUGCAGCAGUGGCAGCAUCUGUUCCUCCAGCUACGCCAGCCAGCACCGCACCAUCAGUAUCAUCGGCAGUACCACCAGCCGCGUCUGUAGCAUCCAAAGCACCUGAGCCUUCAGAGACGUCCGAACCAUCGCCUGCGCUACCUCCGUCACCGAGUCUCACGCAACCGUCACUGUCUGCACCAAGUCCAGUGCCUUCAUCCAUACCGCCAAGCCAAUUAUCAAGAGCGACACCACCGCCAAUGAGCACGGCAUCGUACCUGUCGUCACCAGUAAGCAUGCAGAUAGGAAUGUCACCUGUACAGCAGCUGCGGGAUGUGGAUGGAGCAACCGAUUCACCCUCGUCAGCUCUAUCACAAGUCCCCUCAGCAGCACCAGCACCCGCACAAGUCAAUGGGCCCUCGCCGCUCUCAGCGACCAACGGAACCUCCGCCGCACAACCAAGCCUUCCUACGAGUAACGCGGCAGUUGCAUCUCCUGCGCCACCAUCAUACGUUCCUCCUCAACUACCACUGCCCAUACCGUCUGACCGGUCAUCACCACGACCUCCAAGUGUCCAACCGCAGUUCGGAGCAAGCACGAAGAUGAAUGAGACUGCUGCCAGGCAAGCUCCUGUUAGCCGUCCGACGUCUGCGGCAGCACCUCAACAGGCACCGCCUGCAAGGACGACGUCCGCAGCCAGCUCGAGGUAUCCUGCGUCGUUAUCAGAUCUCGUGUCCUCUUUCGAGGCCGCAAAGGGGAAAUCACUUCGGCGAAUGGCAAAUCCGGAGCAAAUUACACGAGUACUCGAUCAUGGGUUCGCAUCGAUGCCGCAACCCAAGGACUCGGAGAGGCCGUCGUACUACAAGCCUCGUAAUACGUUCCGCACACCGGAGUACUAUCCCCAGAACCCACCUCCGGUUCUGAGCGAGCCCCGAAUCUACAGCAGCGCAGACGUCGAGACUCUGUUCUUCGCAUUUUACUACAAGCCCGGGACGUAUCAGCAGUAUCUAGCGGCGCAGGAGCUUAAGCGCCAAUCGUGGCGAUUCCACAAGCAAUAUCUGACAUGGUUCCAGCGUCAUCAGGAGCCUCAAGCAAUAACGGACGAGUACGAGCAGGGAGUGUAUGUCUACUUCGACUGGGAAAACUCCUGGUGUCAGAGGAAGAAGAGCGACUUCCGGUUUGAAUAUCGUUAUCUGUCGGAUGAUUAGGCGACUAUCAUUGGACUACUAGCAUCUUCUCGCGUCCCUCCGUCUCUUCGCUUUAUCCAUAGGUGUCCAUGGCGGCGAGCCUGAUGUAUUGUAGCAUAUUCACAGUAAGAUCACGCGAAUUCAUUGC